UAACAUUCCCAUCUAACGGUCCAAGAAGAAGAAAAACAACAACAAUAACCACAACAAUAAUCGAAAUGAAGUUUCUCUCUAUUUUCUCUCUCUUCAUCGCUUCCGUCGUUGUCACAGCCAACCCCAUCGCCCCCAGAGACGCAGACUCAGCUAAGACCUUCCGGCUCAAGACCUCCCAGGCGAAUCUUCCCAACCAUAACAACCUCUACGUCUAUGCCUACCACACGGGAGCUGGGCUCAAUGAUGCCGUCCUCACUUCGGACGCCGGCACUGCGAGCCCCGCGAUCUUGAAUGAUACCACUGUGCAGUUCGAGUUGGGCACUAGUUUCCCUUGGGGUCUCAUCCUUGAAGGCGAUACCAACUAUGCCGCAUGGGAGCUCGUCGAGAUCAACGCCGGGGCCGGAGUCCCUGGAUUCUCUAUCAACGGAUCCGGAUUGGUAUGGAAUGGAAGUGGCUUCGGAGGCUGGCUGGUUUGCGACUGGUACCAUAACGCUGCUCAGCUUUUCUGGUUGAAUUACUACUAUAGCCCUGUUAUCCCUUCGAGCUGCAGCAAGGCCAACCUUGACGUCGAGUAUACAUCGUAAUGACCAUGUGAAUUAGCUGCAUUUGAUGAGCUGAAAGGGUGUUCGCUGUGGACAUUGUCUGAAUAUGGGGAUGCAAUAUUGUUGCAUCUCAUGAGAUUGAUGGAAUUGUGCAAAGGCCGUUGUUGCAAACAACUGAUGAGUCAAUGGUUGCAUAUAAUGAAUAACUCAUACUAAGUAUGGAUAAUAAUAAUAAUGCGAAUGGAACUUUGUGGUGAAUGGGUAGUAUGCAUCCUUCCAAUGCCACACACCACUUCCAACUAAUGAUUCAUUUCAUCUAUUGCAGCGCUGGAGUCAUGUAUGUGACUCUGCUGGACUGCGAUACUCCAUGCGGAUGGAUGCAAAGUUUGCCUCGGACAACAUUCCACACAUCCCUAUUAUUGAAUCUGGACGUCGUGUUGAAUGGUAUAAUUAAAUACAGUUUCUUAUCAACUCUGGCUAGGUGUACAUGGCCGCAGGAGGUUUACUGCUCCCCCAACCAAGUGCAGACUGCCCGUCACUAGAACUUGUGACCCAUCCUUCUGAGCACUUAGUUGUUUAGCACGCUUUAUUGCUCUUUCAAUAGUUGGUUCAAUUGAAAUCUGAGAUUCUGGGUUAAGAUCCUUCCACAGUGACGAAUGCAUCGCACAAAAGUCUGGCAAUGGCGUCCCAGAAACCUUGAGAGUUUUGUCUAUAACAGUCAGUCUGAUAUUUGGUCAUAUAAAUUUCCCUCAUUAUCUGUCUACUUACUGGAUUCAUCCUCCCUUUCAUCGUAAGUGGUAAAUAUCACAUGGUCAGGCCUCACACCAUUUUCAAAAAGAGAACGUGCGAGGCAUUUCAAAAGUUCCAUACUGUCACGUUCUGCUGAAAAGUGGCUGAAAAUAAGAACACGGAGUCUAAAAUAGGUAAUAUAAUGCGUUAGCGAGAAUAUAAAAUGAGGCAAUGUAACAUACAUCUUCUCAUUAGGCGGAUUGGUAUUCCUUGCAAACCAUACUGCAGCUUGCCCGAUGCUCAAUGUAUUGUGCGCACCGUCCAAGAACCAUUGGGAGUGUCCAUCAACGAUAAUUUGGAACCGUCCAGCCCACGAAAAAUUUUUGACCCCAUUGAUAAUAUCAUCGGCGCUCAAUUCCUGCCCCAGGGCCUUGACCUGCAAGAAGGCGCGAGCGAGUCUGAUGGCUAAAGAACAAUUUAAUCGCUGAACCGGUACACUUAAGGCCUUGUCAUUUACCGGAAGGGAGUCGUUGACAGGCACAAAUUCCAAAACGGACCCCUUCUCUGCGGCACGAUUGCGCAUGACUUCACUAGGAACGGGUUCCUGAGGCACCGAGAAGGCAAGUGCCCCCCGUUUGAAGAUUCCGGCCUUAUGCCAAGCGAUAUUUUCGACCGUAGGACCGAGCUGCGUGAUGUGGUCCAUUCCGAGAGAUGUGAUACCUGCCGCAACGGGUCUCUGGAUCACGUUUGUAGCAUCAUACUCUCCGCCAUGCUGCAGAUAACGUGGUUGCCUGGGAUUUUCAACAGUGUCCCGCUGGCCGUUUGAGGCGAGGCUAUCCCAUACUUCAAAAAAGUAUUUUGUAAAGAGCUCCUCGGAGAUUGGUUUCUCGUUAAUUUGUAUU